AUGACUCCUGGCCGAGUCGUCGUACGACUCCAGCCUGGUUGUUCCGACGGCGAUCCGCUGCACGUUCCAGCCUCAGGCACGCACACCCAAAUUAAUCCUCCCACAUUAUACCUCGAGAAAAUCGGUCAAUUAUGGAUGGAGCAGUGUGGAAGCGCCCAGUCGGGAGUGCAUUACAUUCUCGAAGCUCUCCCCACAGGCUAUACCAUGUGGCAGAGGCCACGGCCCUCAGAUCCCAAAUGCUUCGACAAGUAUCUGUUUGGACACCCCAGCCACAAGAAAUUUGAUUCUCCAAACCGGUUCUUUCCCCACUUCGGAUAUCUCAUGAACAAUGGCGGCAACAGCAUAGGAUGUCCCUGUACUGUUUGUCGCGGCCCUCCCCGCGCUAUGUCCAACAGCUCCCGCCCCAGAAGUUCUGCUAGCUCAUCCAAUGUUUCAGCUUCUGCAUCUUUUUCGAGUCGACCCAACAGCGCCCACCGCGUCCAGCCAACUCCGGUCCCACCCCUGGUUAUAAUCUCGCAACCUGCAGCUCAAGGAAGGCCCAAAAAGCUAAGCCCUGGCCUCGAUAUGACCAGAACAGAUCAGGAUGGUACACCCGACGUCUAUCGGAACCUAGUUGAAAAGCUCCGAAGCCACAAAUGCAUUGAUCAGCCCAUCCAAGAGCCUUUGAGUCCUGAUUGGCGAGCGGAACAGGAGAGCAUCCCGAAGCUACUGCAAACCCUCAGAUCACAAGACCAAUGGAUUCCUCGUAAUGGAGACAUUAUCAUGUUCAUCCGCCAUCUGGCUGAUGGAGUCGCUGUCACAAGACAUGACAUUACCAACGAGUUGUGCUUGUAUGAUGAGCAGACGGAUGAGUUUCUUGACGUCCCACGCUGGGAGGCUGGUCUAGUAACAGAGGUGGCCCAAACGCCGACCACUGACCUCUUAGACUCAACCAAGAAUUCCAACGGGUCGUGCUCGGACAUGAGAGUAGAACUCAUUCCCCACCCAAACAACCCUGAUAAAUCGCUUUCGAAGCGGUACAAGUACAUCUCAUUGCGACAAAGUCGUCCUUUCUUUCUUUGGAAAGAGCUUCUUCAUCAUGUAGAUCAAGACCUUUGGCACCCAAGCAUCAAGAAUGCUCUAGCUUUGACCUCAACCCUCUCACUUAUGGGAAAGCAUCGCUUUCGAGGAACAUGGCCAGAGGCGACGAUAUACUGCCAUGGCAUCUUUGUCGGCUCAGAAAUGCUGGCUGUCGGUGACACCGUCCGUCUUCUUCCAACCAAGUCCGAUCAGGCUGUGUGCACCGACAUCAUGAGCAUCAAGUCUAUCAGGCUAAAAUGGUCGAAUUUGGACAAGGCCUCGACCGACGACUACGAUGAAGGACGACCCUUCAACUCGGCAAUCUGGUUAUAUGGUUGCGCCUACACGAGCGAUGCUUCUAGGUCAGACAAACGAUGGGUUUCUGAUGCUCCGAUCCCUAGAGCAGCCCAAGACUAUGGAGAUUUCUAUCCUCUUCAUCCGCCAGACAAGGAGCUCGCCAUCCCCUACGCUCGUGUCGCCGGCCGCUUGCACGAGCGCAAUGCCAUGGCACAACUUCUCGGAUACGAUUCUGACGAUAUUGUAACACUUAGCCUCGACCUUGGUCGACGGGCUUUGAUUGAUGCGCGUGCAUUUUCGCGAAAAAAUAACGAACGCAUCUCACAAACUGCCGAUGCUACCUGGUACUGGGGUGAUGAUCGGGCCGAGGCAUUGGGUCUGCGCACUAUCAACGGGCUGGAUGUUUCUAGGUUCAACCAGGAACACGAUGUCAAGGCGCUCCGUAAGCAAUACCGUAUUCUGGAUGCAGCGAAUGCGAACGAGGAUGAGAGCGAGGAUGUGAAGCCCAGUCUUGAUAAUGCGUUCGGUGGUCGAUUACAGCGUUUCAUGGCACCUACACUGCCAGUCCGGGCGGCCAAGCCAAGAGAAUCUGGCCACAACAAACAUGAUGGCAAGAAACGAGGUCGGGUUGUUGACCUGGAAGAUGAUUUCGAAGACGAGAUCCGCCAGCACACACAGGUCAUCAACCGUCAGGUGCCUUCGGUCAAAAAGACAAAAGUCAUGGUCGUUAUUGACUGA